UGCCCCUGUGCGCACUCUUCCAGAAUACUCUGUACUCCGUGAGACCUGUGCCUUAUUUGAAGCUUCAAAUAAAGAACCAGAAAGACAACUCUGUUUCCACCAUUUUAUUGAUUGAUCAUUGUGAUUGUAUAUCUCCACAGUAUUGACUAGGUCUAAGAUUUCCAGAACAAGACACACACUCUUGCAGCCGAAAAACAGCUCCUAUUCUCGGAUACAAACCCCCCAGAGGAGCCCGGUCCAGGUUUGACUUGCAGAUUCAGCAUGACAGCCUACGACAUUUUGAGAAGAAAUAAGACAUCCAUUGUGGACACUUUGGGUGCAGACCACACGCUAAUCCUCAACAAAGCCAAGCAGAACAAGUUGAUAACUCAACAUGAUCACAAAACUCUGCGAACCGAACAGAACGUUGAGGCGUUGGUGGAUAAGAUCAUGAAGAAAGGAGAGGAGAACUGCCAACUCUUCCUGAACCUCCUGCAAACUGAUGAGAUCCAGGAGACUUACCCUGAGCUGAAGAACAUACUGGAGGACGAGCUGUAUGAGUUGAAGAGCCAGCCCACCGGCCUCUGCCUGAUCAUAAACAACGAAAUGUUUCCUGGUGUUGGUAAAAAGAAAAAAAACGUGAGAUAUGGAACCGAUAAAGAUGCUGAAAGCUUGGGAAAGGUGUUCACCUGGCUGGGGUUCAGAGUGCUGAUGUGUAAAGACCAAACCAAGGACCAGAUGGAGCGAGCGCUGAAAUGCUUUGCUUCUCAGCGGGGCCUUUCUCAGCUGCAGGAGUUCAAGGUCCAGGAGUGGACUGGAAGCGGAUUCACCGAUCUUCUAGAGGCUCCUCAGCAUGGCGAUGCCUUCAUCUGCUGUCUUCUCAGUCACGGAAACAAGGGUGUCGUAUUGGGGACUGAUUGGAAGCCCCUCCCUAUCAAACAAAUAACGAGAACCUUCAUGGCAACUCCUGAAUCUCCCCUCACUGCCAAGCCCAAAGUGUUCCUGAUCCAGGCCUGCCAGGGGGGCCAGGUACAUCCUAUGGUGGAAUCAAAGGAUCAGGCUGGUGGCUCUUGCUCGACACAGCAGGCUGAUAGCUCUGACUCGACAUCCAUCCCUCAGGAAGCAGAUUUUCUAGUUCAUUGUUCCACUGUUGAAGAUUAUAAGUCUUUGAGAAACCCAACGGAGGGGAGCUGGUUCAUCCAAUCUGUCUGUGAGCAGCUAGAAGAGGGCUGUCAGAGGAAUGAAGAAAUUGAAGUCAUACUCCGCCGCGUGAACAAAGAAGUAGCCAGGAAAGACAGUGAUGUGAGAUGUGGUCCGGAGUGUGGUCUGAGAUAUUGUCUGAAGUGUGGUACCAGCUGUGGACCAACAAAGCAGAUGCCCGCAAUUUGGCACACCCUGAGGAAGCGUCUUGUGUUGACUCCUCGCAACUGAAGCCUCAUCGCCAAAAAUAAUGCAAGCACACAAUACUGUGAGGACCCCUGCUUUACUCUCUCCUGGUGUGUGUGUGUGUGUGUGUGUGUGUGUGAAAGGCCUGAGUCUCUCUCUCUGCUGAGGAUCUGUUUGGAGAGCAGCUAUCUGAUUCAUGCUUUGGUUUACCUUCAUCUUAGUUUGGCACACACACACACACACACACACACACACACACAUACACACACACACACACACACACACACACACACACACACACACACACACACACACACUACUGACCUUACUGACUAACACCCCCCAUGGUGGUAGCUCUUUAGUUUAGUUGAAUGGCUCAUAAUGAAUAUCUUCCUUAUAUCGUGUCUGUUGUAGUCAUGGCCCAGAGCCAGGCCAUGACGACACACAAUGUCUUUUUAUUAUUCUUAAUCUCUCUAUUUCUCUAAUCCUCACUUUGAAUAAUUGUAUUUGAUAUUGUCACAGAUUUUGGUUGCAUAAUAAAUCUGUCUUUAUACCCAAAGAA